ACAGAAAAUGACAUGGUGUGACGUAUAACGGAAACAUAUGAAGAUCGUGCCAUCGGAACAGACGACUUCUUGGGCUUGGUCCCCGCUCGCUAGACUGAAUCUCCGUCCCCAAAGAAGAAAGUGAUCAGGUGAGGCGAUGGAGGGUCCCCAAAGCAAGGAAAAUUACCCCUCCUUGACAGAACUAUGUGUGAUCUAUGGUGGAGAGAGUGAGUUAGGCGUAAGAAACAAGUAAAAAGAGUGUGGAGAUUACAUGAGGGGCAGUAUGCGGUGUAGAAGGAAGGCAGUAUACUUUGGUGGGGAUGCAUCAUCCAUAGAAGGAAGAUAGACAAAAGAGUGAGGUCACACCAGAAGGAAACAGAUGGAAAAAGGAAAGACUAGAAAGGAAAGAAGGAGUAUCGAUAGGCCACACUAGCCAUCUAAGCAUCAAAAAAAAAUGUGAUGAAGAUGAAGAUGAUGAAGAUGAAGGUGAUGAUGAUGGUUCAAAAGAGUGUAUGAUGAGCUGAUGAGCAGUCAGAUCGAUGCUUGAGACCCUGCUGAGUAUGGAGAGGAGGGGAGAAUGCGAAGGAGAGAUUUGGAGGGAGAAGGAAGGGCCUUUUAUGCCUGAGAAUCAUCAGUCAUCAGAGCCUGGAUCAUCGUUCACAGUCCAGUGCCUCCGUUCACUCUAUACAAGGGAAUCAGGGAGGAGAUCGUGGAAUGAGGGCUUCAAACCGUGGAAUGAGGCCCUGAUCGUGGAAUGAGUGCCUCACAGCGUUACGCUGAACAUCAGGAUUCACAAAUUUUCGUGGAAUGGAGGCAUCUCCGCCCUGAUUAGGAAGUGGAGAUGGUGAACGGUCGAGGAGUGUGAACGGAGAAAAGAGUGAACGGGACGAUGCGACAGAUACCAUUCCACGGAGUCUCUCGUAAUGACCAUCACACUACCAGGACAGUCCGUAUUGUGUAGCAAGAAGGGGUCGGGUUAUUGUUCACGUAGCAUAACGCGGGCCAUUGCGAGCUGUUUACCCUAGGGAACUUCCGAUGGAG